AUGCGCACCACAUCGUGGACUGGGGGGCACGUGCUGCACGUGCAGUUACAGGAUGUGCAAUGCCCCCCCAAGUGUUCCUGCGAGUCCGCUCACAUUACCUGCCUGCCCCCACGACAGCAAUUUUGCGACGAGCUCUUUGAGAACGAUUACAUUGUUGAGCCGAAGAAGACUGUGCGCUUCCUCGAGGAACGGAUUUUCACGCGUACGAAGAUUGUUCUUGUCGACCUCGAGAAAGGCUAUAGUGGUGUCAUCGGUGCAACAAUGCAUGAUCCUGCGGUAAACCCCGUGGAGGCAGCGGUGGAAGCAAAUGCAGCGAGAGUCGAAUUUUUCUCAGAGAUGGAUAAGGAGCCUGACAACGCGACCGACGACACUACUGAAAACGAGUCUGAGGUGGACUCUCACGCUGCGUCAGAUGAUAUGUUUGACGAGUAUAGCGUGCCUAGUCCGUACCGAAUCCGCGUGCCUGUUGGCAAGGAAACAGUUGAGGCAGCCUUGAAGGCAUUGGUCCACGAGUAGGACAAUCAACGGAAGGCUGGAAGGAACCCGCAUUCAAAACCGUGUGGCUGCAAGGAAGUCACGAAUGCCAGAGAUGCGU